AAAAGCACAGGCUUACUUUUUUGCUCCCGUUAAAGUUUUCAAAUAUAGAUAUAAAUGGAUCGUUUUGAAGAGAAUAAUUUACAACUCUGUCAUAUCAGUUCUUUUUAUCCUUCUUCUAUUCUCUGUCUCUCUUUUACUAACUUGCUCGAUAUCCUCUCUGAAGAGAUACCCUCUUUGACGUGAGGUCAUCAAGGGGAAGGUUGAGAGAGAGAGAGAGAGAGAGAGAGAGAGGGUGGAGAGUCUCGACAAAGUGUUAACUACUCGGAAAGAAUACGAACGAGAGGGUGACGUGGGUCGAUGUUAAAAGCGAUACACACUUAAAAGCAACCAUUCAGAGUCAAUUCAACUUGUAUGAAACUUAUUGUCACGAUAAGAUAAAAUUUAACGUCGAAAAAUGACUAUGGACGGAAUUAAGACUGAAACUAAUAGAAAUGGUGCUACUCAACAAGAGUGUGCCGGAUGUGGAAAAGCAAUAACCGAAAGGUAUUUAUUAAAAGCGCUAGACAUGCUCUGGCACGAAGACUGUUUAAAAUGUGGUUGCUGCGAUUGCAGACUUGGCGAAGUAGGUUCUACUCUUUAUACAAAAGCAAAUCUUUUACUAUGCAAGCGGGACUAUCUCAGACUUUUUGGAAAUACCGGACAUUGUGCUGCUUGCAGUAAAGUUAUUCCUGCCUUUGAAAUGGUUAUGAGGGCUAGAACUAAUGUUUAUCAUCUCGAGUGCUUCGCGUGUCAACAAUGUAAUCACAGAUUUUGUGUCGGCGACAGAUUUUACUUGUGUGACAAUAAAAUACUUUGCGAAUAUGACUAUGAGGAAAGGCUUGUAUUUGCAAAUUUGGCCCUUCAUCCACCGCCAAAUGCAACAAUGGCACAUAUUAAAAGACAAGUUAGUCAUCUCCAACCACCUGCAGUUGCUGGAGGUGGCGGAGGAGGAGGUGGAGGUGGUCAGAGACAGGUGAAUGGUGAAACAGUUCCAGGUCAUAAUGGUUAUCCAGUGCCGACAUCUUCAAGUGGACACACUCCUAUUAAUUUGAUAAAUAAUAAUUUAAAUGGAAUUAAUGCACAAUCAACAUUUGAAGCUAAAUGACCAUCAAAGUAGACUAAAAGGAAUAAUCGAAUUUUAAUUCGAGAAUAAAUGUGGCCAAAAAUUUGAACUUUUAAACAAAAAAUUAGUUCAUUUUGAAAUGACUGAUUCUUAUAUUUAACAAUUAUACACUGUUAAAUAAGUGAAAUAAUAAUAGGUUUUUUUUUUCUUUUCUAUAUAAAAAAUUUUGCCCUCGCUAAAAAAAAAAAUUAACUAAUCUUUCAAAAUUUAUUGAAAUAUUUAUAUUUUUUGUUUCUAAGAAAAAAAAAUUCAGAAUUAUCGUACAAAAAGUAAAAAUAAAAAAUUUAUUCUUUUUAUAAAACAGAAAUUUUUUUUAUAAAUAUUUUGUUUAGAAACUUAAUACAGAUGAAUUAAAAAAGAAUAUUGUUUAAAAAUCUUUUUAUGAAAAUGAUAAUUCUGAAUUUUAUUUCUAAAAUUCUUAUAGGAAAUAUAUAUAUAGAUAUAAUUUAAAAAUGUAAUGAAAGAAAAUUAGUUCUGAAUAUUUUUGAAUGCUAAUGCUGAAAAAAAAGGUAGUUUCUAAGUAGAUACUCGCUAAGAAUGAAUUUGGUGCUCUUUAGAAUAAAUAUUUUCAAUAUGGUUCUUAUAUUUCGUAGAUAUUUUAUAAACAAUUUCUAAUAAUAAUUAAAAAUAUAAUUUUUUCAAGAACCAAUGAGAAUUUAAAGAAAAAAUAUCUUUUUACCAAAUAACAAGAACCAUAUUGUUUAUUAAAUAGAUAUUAAACUGGAAUCUUCUUAUUCAAAAUAAGAUGUUAAUCCAAAAAAAUUUUUAGCAAAUUUUCACAAAGUAUUUUACGAUUCAAUUUUUUUAAUUUUAAAAAAAAUAGUCAAUCAUUUUUUUUUCCGAUAAAGAA